AUGGCGCCUCUUGACAGCUGGGCGCUGCGCUUGAUCCCCGCGAUCACCUUGCUCAUUGCGAGGACUCAAGCCCGUAUCGAGUCCCCAAGCGAUAUUCUCACAAACCUGGGGCCAUACCUUUCUCCAGAUGCAAAUAUCUACUUGCCGGAUGCUCCUCAGUUCGCCGCGGCGACGCAGAGAUGGUCGCCUUAUGGUACACCCAACUUCACCGUUGUCGUGGAGGUAGCAGUAGAAGAAGAUGUGGUCAACACGGUUCAAUAUGCUAAUGAGAAUGACAUACCCUUCCUCGCAGUGAAUGGUGGCCAUGGGACCAUCUCAACCUUGUCAACCCUACAGCAUGGUCUUGAAAUUUGGCUGCAUAGGCUAGACUCAGUAACCAUCUCGGAAGAUGGACAAUCAGCUACAUUCGGGGGAGGGAUUAAAUCAGGGAAUGUGACCCAAGCACUCUGGGAAAUAGGCAAACAGACUGUUACAGCAGAUGGAAGCCUUCUGACGGUGUCGCCCGACGGUCCUACAAGUGACCUCUGGUGGGCCAUGCAAGGCGCUGGUCACAAUUUCGGAAUCGUCACGUCAAUCACGUCGAAGAUCUAUGAUGUUCCAUAUGAUGGUAUGUGGGCGUGGGAAUAUCUGAUCUUCACCCAUGACCAGUUAGAGGAUCUAUUCGCUCUUUUUGAUCAGCUCUCGGCAAUUCAACCGCCAGGAUUUAUGAUUUGGACAGUGAUUAGCCGCAAUCCUGAGGUGGAUAUGGAAAAUCCUGUCAUUCAAGUCAACUUUCUUCGCGAAGGCGUCCCGACUAUUGAAGACGAAUACCUACGCCCCUUCCGCGAGCUGUGCUAUCAAGUUGCCGACAAAGCCACGGGCUUAUUCACGGAUAUUCCGAAAUGGAUUGAAACAGGGUUUGACACCCAGAGCUGUCGAUUCGGGGGCCCCUCAAAGGUGCGGUAUCCGAUCAGUUUCCCGAAAUACAACAUCGAAGCCCAGCGCGCGAUGUUCGAUGCAUUCGCUGAAGGAACCGCGGGCUCGUCGCCAUACAAUCACUCUAUGAUUCUGGUCGAACAAUACUCAGUCCAGGGCGUGCAAGCCAUUCCCGAAUAUUCAACGGCCUUCCCUCAUCGACAGGACAACCUUCUGCUCUCUCCUGUCCUCGUUUAUACGCCAUCUGCUGGUCUUGACGCCGGCGCAAAGGAGUUUGGAGAUAACUUGCGACAGAUUCUUCUCGAGGGGACAGAUUCGGAUGAAUUACAUGCAUAUGUCAACUAUGCUUCCGGGGAUGAAGGACCGGAGAGCUGGUAUGGGUAUGAGCCGUGGAGAAUUAAUCGGCUGCAGGCGUUGAAGGCGCAAUAUGAUCCCGAAGAGAAACUCACAAUAUUUCCUCUGGCGCCCUCUCUUCGAAUCACCGAAUACCUCCUGCGACGAGGCAGGAUUCGGGCCCCCAUAAUGUCCCUCGUCCCUGUCGACACCGCGUUCAAGGUGCCUCCUCCCGACCCAGUCGAAGAACCGCCCAAGGUCGCCAUCACACCUUGCGAUCCGCCUGCGACAUAUUAUUUUGAGGGAGGGCUGCGGCGCGUGCGCCCUUAUCAUUACACCUACAAUACCUACUGCAAGGAGCGAUGGAGGGAUAGGGAGUUGGUAGAUAUCUUCACGUCGGAGUUUCGCGACCGACCACCGGAGUACUAUAUAAAAGCCCUCGAGGACGGAAAAGUGUGUCUCAAUGGUAAACCAGCCGGCCCCAACACCAUCGUCAAGAACGGCCAGGUCAUUUCGCAUACCCUUCACCGGCACGAACCCCCUGUCACAGGCAACGAGAUCGGGAUUAUCCAUGAGGAUGAUGACUUGCUUGUGAUUGACAAGCCGGCCGGAGUCCCCGUCCACUCUACUGGGCGAUACCACUUUAACUCAAUCAUCGAGAUCCUGCGCUCCAAGUACGGCCAGCAAUUCACCCCACGGCCAUGCAAUCGUCUAGACCGCUUGACUUCCGGCGUCAUGUUCAUUGGCAAGACAAUCCAGGGCGCGAGCAUGAUGACUGAGAAGCUUAAGGCCCGGGCUCUGCAGAAGGAAUAUGUCGCGCGUGUGAAGGGCAAGUUCCCGGACGGAGUCAUUAUCUGCGACCAGCCCAUUAUGUCCGUUAGCCCCAAGCUCGGUCUCAAUCGAGUACGUGCCACAGGGAAGGAGGCCAAAACCAAAUUCCGCAGGCUGGCCUAUUACCCUCCGACACCCCCCGUCGCGGAGACCCGAGCAGAGGAUGAUGGCGCACGCCCUGCCACUCCUCCGCCGUCAUACCUCAAUGAAUCAGAAGGCUACAGUAUCGUGCACUGCCUGCCAUUGACUGGCCGAACACAUCAAAUCCGAGUCCACCUCCAGUUCCUGGGCCACCCGAUUAGCAACGACCCGAUCUAUUCGAACCGCCGCGUAUUCGGGCCCGAGCUCGGCAGGAACGAAGCCACCGCCGAGCACGACGACGAGAUUAUCGACCGUCUAAUGAAAAUGGGCCGCACCGAGCUCCCAGAAACAGUCACCUACCGGACACAUCUCACAACGGCACCCCUUGUUCCACCAGGUACUGACUCGUCCGUCGUCGAGGCCAUCAUGUCGCGUGAGCACGAAGCCGCAGUCGAAGCUUACCACAAGCGCAAGGGCGAGAAGCUCUCCGGCGAAAUCUGCGAUGUCUGCGGGACAGAGCUUUACACGGACCCUGGGGUGCACGAGCUAGGAAUCUUCCUCCACGCCGUGGCUUACUCGGAUCACGAUGGUGCAUGGAAGUAUCGCAGUAAAAUGCCUUCGUGGGGUCUUCCGCCAGCAGGUCUGGAUGGACCGCGCGAAGCACCGGAUUGGGAACCUGUCCCUGAAGAUGAGGAGAUUGUUAUCGGUCACGGAACGAUUCCUGAUAUCGACGGGGAGGAUAGCGUACCUGCGCUGGUGCAGGGGGUGGGACUGGUUGAUAUUUCGUCUGCACGACAAGCGCAGGAGCAAGGCGCUUCUGCUGCUGCUGCUGCUGCUGCUGCUAACGGAGUAUAGAGCACCUACAAAUAUGAAACCAUCAUACAUGAAAAGUUGUCAAUAUUUCCCCUGCUUGGUUAAAAGAUUUGGUGUUUGCAUACAUGCAUGGGCAUACUAGGUGUUUGUCUAAACAUUUACGAGCUAUGAUAGAUAGAUCAGUAUACAUAUACAUACAUUAUUAUAUAUAUAUAUAUAUACCAAUCCAAU